CUGUAAAUUGAAGUACGGUUCAGUAGGAAGUAUUGCUGUCUGCUGUGGUGCCUUUUGGGGUUGUUGGACGUGUUGUUUUAUCAGGGGGACAGCUAACUCACUCCACAGAAAUCGGACAUUUACCUGGUACGGAAGGGACGAGUAAACUCAUAACACCUACGUUACUCGAGAGCGAGUGGAGCAACGUGUUUAAAUCCUACUAAAUGUGUUGUAGAAAUCGCGUCUCCAGUGUUGUGAGAGGACCAAAAGCGUAACGUCGGAGCUUUAUGGAGGGAGUCUGAAGGCAACUUGAGCUCGCGACUCUGCUGGUCAGUUUCUCCGCGGUGAGAAGUGGAGACGGAGCUGCUAGCGAGUCGGUGACUCAAGCUACAACUCCGACAGACUCUGAAACGCCAUGUUUCUGUCCUGAGUUUCACCUGGAGCCAAAGACGGACGGAGAGCCAGAAACCUGUUGAGGCUGCCGGGCUUUCUGGACGGAACUCCUGGGAGAAUUUCUGUUUUCUCUUGUAAAAUCCCAGCUCAGACAGAAAGGUCUAAAAUUCUCACAAUGGUGAUCCUGGAAGACAGCGACAUGCAGACCUUUGGCUCUGAGCUGCCGGCAAUGUUUGACGGCAUGAAGCUGGCUGCGGUGGCCGCCGUCCUCUACGUCGUCGUGCGCUGUCUCAACCUGACAAGCCCGACCGCGGCCCCGCAGGUCAUCAGCCAGGACACGCUGCUCUGCCGCUACCUGCUCAAGUCCUGCCCAAUGCUGUCCAAACAGUACAUUCCUCCUUUGCUUUGGGGAAAGAGCGGUCACCUCCAGACGGCUCUGUACGGCAAGAUGGGGCGCAUCAACACUCCAACACCCUGCGGGCUUCGCAAAUUCCUCCCAAUGCAGGAUGGAGCCACAGCCACCUUUGACCUCUUUGAAGCUCUAGGAAAGCACAGCACAGGAGACGAUGUUACCAUGGUAAUCUGCCCUGGGAUUGGUAACCAUAGCGAGAAGAACUACAUUCGAACCUUUGUGGAUUACUCCCAGCGGCAGGGUUACCGCUGCGCCGUCCUUAACCAUCUGGGAGCUCUUCCUGACAUGGAGCUCACCUCGCCGCGCAUGUUUACCUACGGGUGCACUUGGGAGUUCGGGGCCAUGGUGGCCUACAUCAAGCGCGCUUUCCCCCAAACGCAGCUGGUGGUGGUGGGCUUUAGUCUGGGUGGGAACAUAGCGUGUAAGUUCCUGGGAGAAAAUCGAUCCAACCAGGAGAAGGUGCUGUGCUGCGUCAGCGUCUGCCAGGGAUACAGCGUCCUCAGGGCUCAGGAAACAUUCCUCCAGUGGGAUCAGUGUCGAAGGUUUUAUAACUUUGUGCUGGCAGGCAACAUGAAGAAGCUCAUCCUGUCACACAGGGGGAGCUUGUUGAACAUGACCUCUAGCAACAUUGGAGACACAGACCUCAACAAACUGUGCACAGCCACGUCUCUGAUGCAGAUAGAUGACAACAUCAUGAGAAAAUUCCACGGCUACAACUCCUUAAGGGAGUAUUACGAGAAGGAGAGCUGUGUGCACUACAUCCACAACGUAUCUGUGCCGCUCCUCCUGGUCAACUCCUCUGACGAUCCACUAGUUCAUCGGUCACUUCUGGCUAUACCCUACAGGCUUGCAGAGAAAAUGCCCAACGUGAUGUUUGCCCUGACUGAGCACGGGGGCCACAUGGGCUUCUUUGAGGGGGCUGUUCUUUUCCCACAGCCCCUCACCUGGAUGGACAAGGUCAUAGUGGAGUACACAGAUGCUAUCUGCCACUGGGAGAAGAAGCAGCAGGCCUGCCAGGGGAGCGGAAACUCAAACUGAACCUCGGUGGGUGACGCCGACACGCAAAAACUUGACCAGCAGCACGGUCGUCCCGAGGCCUUCGAAUCUGCUGGGUCAGUUUAGGUACUCUGCAGAGCAUCAGCGAAUUAUUCGUUACUAACGCCAAUAAAAACACUUGAUCAGACAGACUAACGAAUGCUAAUAUAUUUGUAUUUAAAACCGCAUAAAAUUCAGUGAAGUUUUACAUAAAAAAGUCCUUUUAGAAAUCAAGACCAACGUUCGUUCCUGUUGGAAAACUUGUUUGUUUCCGAUUAGAACCACCAGGACUGGUUUUAUUGUUUACACUUUUUUUCAGAUGUCAUAAUUUCCUUAAAAUGACUAAACAUAUCAGCUACUCAGAACACUUAAAAAAAACAUUAAAAGAAAUGUUUAUACCUGAAUUGUUGUGAUCAUUAGGACAUCCUGACUGUACUAUACUAUACGAGCACUUUAAACCAACAUGUUUUUUGCAUGGCAACACAGACACUGCACAGUUUGCACCAUUCCAAGAAUGCCUUAAUUUAUUUAACUAUGGUUUUCAAUUUAAUCCUACAAAACGAUGCAGUCGACCCUGUGAGUUGUUGUUUUUGUUUUCUGGCCUCUUACAGCUCCAUUAAAAGCUGCAAGUACAAGAUAUGUGGCUUAGGGAGUGUUUUGGAUUAGAGGUAAAUGCAAGAUUGAAAUAGUUUUGGAGGUUUAUUUUCAAUCUGGUUAGCUUAGCAUUCCCCUCAUUAGCUAAAAAUACUUGAAACAAAAGCAUAAAGUUGCUUAAUUUCUCACAACAACAUUGUGUAGGAAACAGGCAAGAUUUGAAUUUGGAAAAUGUUUUUUAUGUAGUUUUUUUUUUUUUUUUUACUCAAUUGUUCACUAUGCUGUCCUGAAUUUUUUUUAAGUACACUUCUGUUGAAGUGUACUUAAAAAAAGAGCUAUGAGUAGUUGAUAUCUUACCUGAGGUAGAUAAGUCUACUGCAACACCGAGCGAAACAUGUAGCGCUUCCAGUCAGAUAUAAAUCCCAACAAAUAAAACGUUCUCACCGUUUCUGUCUCACAUGAUCUGUUGAGCAUAUUUCACUGAAGAGGAUAAUCAGUGAGGCACCAUCCCCUCUUUCCGUUUUCCAUUUAAACAAUCUUUAGCUUCUGCCAAAUGCAGCUGAAGACAGACUUAAGGUUCAUAAAGUGCUUUUCAAAAUAACCACCUCGACCACCUUUUUGUCUGAAGACGUGUUAGCCUCCAGAACCUAUUCAUCUGUAUUUAUGCCAGAUAAAUACAGAUCUGGUUCCACUGGAAAGCUUUAAACCACAGGUAAAAUAUUAACUGCUUAUAAUCUCACAGAACCCCUUUCAAAAAAAAAAAAUCUGAUGUUCCUUUAAGAAAUUUUUAUUAUUCUGUGCAAUUGUAGAUUUUAUAUACUGUUCAAAUGAAGAGGUAGGCGUUACUGAAAGUCAGAAGAUGAUUCAGUUUUUUUAUGCCUCUAUUGUUGAUCAAUAAUCAUUUUUGUUUCUUUUCUUUGUUAAACAUGAAUCUCUCCGGGUCUGUUACAAAAAGGUUUAAUCAACCCUCUGCUUUAUGGAUCUCAUCAUUCAUGAUUUGUUCUCAACAGUUCUUAAUAAAAUGACCAAAAGUUAUAUUUA